AUGUUUAAAAAUUGUGCUAUUUUGUGGUUGAAGCGACAGGACCUUUAUAAUGGCUCGGAUUAUGACUGGAAUAGUUUUCCAUGGAUGGAAGAAACCUCAUCAUGGCCCCAGGAUUACAGUUCUUGGCCCCAGCAGGCUCCAACACAGGCAUCACUUCAACAAGGACCGCAGGCGAUACAAAGUUCUCAAGUACAAGCCCCAGCAGUUGAGGCACCAUAUCCGGUCCCAUCUCAGGUACCUACUCGGUUUGUUGGGCAGUUUAACACACCUAGAGCGUGGCCUCACGGAAGGUACACUGGAAGUGCAUUUCCAACGGCAAAGUCGCAAACAUGGCGUGAUCCAGUAAAAUCAGGACAACAUGCGCGGUAAAUAAUCUUUAUGUUGUGCUGAAAGAAGUGAACAAGUCUGUAUAAAAGAAGGGUACAUGCUUCGAAUGGUCACUGAAGCCUCUUGGCCGAUAUGGGCCUUUUGGCCAUUUUGGCUCUUGAAUUAAUGCGUAUUUGACAUGGCUUUGGAAUUUGUACCAUGAGUAACUAACUUUACUAUACUUUUAAGAAUUCAUAUCAGCCGCAGUUUACCUUAAAUUAAAACCUCCACUCUAGAUUUCCCCUCCUUCAAGAAAAUAAUGAAACUGAUGGGCAGGCCUCAUUGUACAACUUCUCUUUGACUUACUCGGAUUAGUUAUCUAUGGAAUCUAUCCAUUGUUGUAGAUUAACUCCACAAUGCCUUCUUAACGCCUUCUUUCUUUAGGCCCUACCCUGCAAGACCAGCAGACAUACUUGUAGAAGUACACAAUGCCACGCGGGUAUGCAGUCCCGGGCCUCCUUUGGGCGUGAAUCCGCUGGUGCGAAACUGUCUUAUCAUUGGGGACUCUAUCUCACUGGGGUAAAGAACGAGUGAUAUAGAAUUUCUAUGGGUCGCUGUCGUACUAAAAGUAAAAUAUUGCAUUGUUAAAGCUGUGUUCCUUGUUCUACUGGGUAGAACAACAGAUCGUCUAGCUAGAUUCAGAGUAAGAGAACAACAGAUGGACUUGAAAUCUGUGCUCCCAUAUUUCUCACAGCGAAAGUAUUUCUUAAAGAAAAUCCUUAAUAUGCUUAGCUCAACUAGGAGAAAGUCCACUUUUCUAAUUCAUUGAGUGGUGAAUUCGUUUGUUUGUUUGUUUGUUUUGUUUGGUAAAGAAAACCACUAUAUAUGAUCGGCGUUGAGUUUUCACUUUUCCACUAUCUUGUCUCUUAGUUAUCUAGCAACUGUUAAAAAUAAACUUCGUGGUCUGUGUCAAGUUCAGCACGCACCAUUCGCCAAAGGAUCUGGAGCGGUGGAUUCGAGAUAUGGUUUAAGGUGUAUGUCUAUGAUGCUUCGCACUACGGCGCUUGAACCUACCACUUAUGACGCAAUCGUGUUCAAUUUCGGAAUGCACGAUAUUGACUACAGCAAGAGGUUUCCUGAGGUACGUGAUCAAGAUCUUUAAUUGCGUUAGCCCAAAAAUAGCAGCCUUUAAGGAACUUUUUCUGAGUGUCAAAAGCAGAUUUAAGACAGGAUGAAAUGUGUUUACACUCGAUAGUAGUAAUAGUCGUUUCAAUGAGGUUAUUUUCCCUAUCUUCAACUUUUCAAUCAUAUUUACAAGUUUCAUUUAGUGUAGUUCGUUCAGUCUCGGCGAAAAGACCGUUGUUUGUACAAUACAAUACAAUAUUCUAUAUUUAAGGAAGGUGACGCCGGUAAUAACCCAAUGAGUUAUCUAACUUACGGCCUUCACAACAAUACAAAAUACACAUAUAAAAACAUGCCUAAUCAGUAAUAUACGACUACAACAAGAGAAAAAAAUAGAAGUAGACAAAUGUAUAGUUUAACAUAGAAAUAAGAUGAUAUAAACUAAUUACCUUCUAAUACAGUUACAAUAAAGAGAAAAACGACAAUCAUAUCACAUUAAUUCUUCAAGUAACUUCAACUGCCUAAGUUGGGAGAGAGUGUAUAUUAAGCUUUAUUUUAACGAUACCAAAUCAAGCUCUUUGCUUGAUUACUGUAUUGUACUUAAUGGUAGCUGGCACUGUUCUAGGAGCUAUAGAACUGAAGAGGGUUUUUUAAACCUGUGCAGCCUUUCUCCCGCCAAUGAACACUUAUUCUGCAAUUACCAAGUUUAUUACUUCAAGAGUCAGAAAGUUAUGGUAUCACCAUUCUUUACGUGAAUUAUUCCCAUGUUACCUUGGAUAACUCACUCAGUAUCUAGAUUUGAGAAUUUCACUUUUCUUCUUAGGAAUUCGUUCCCAUAGAAGAGUACAAGAGUAAUCUGCUGAAAAUCAAGGAGCUACUUGUUCAAACUGGAGCACAAUUGGCUUUUGCUCUUACGACCCCUGUUCCCGUGGCAGGACGGAGGAAUAGGAGAGUCGUUGAGUACAACAAGGAGGCGAGAAGGUACUUUCACAUCGUUAAGUCACAUUGCCAAAUGUCAAAGAAAACAAAUAAUAAUGUGUGUCUCUUGCUCUCCAGCUAAGAGCCUAAACUUUACUAAAGUCAAUACUUAGUGCCUUUACCUACACACAAAAAGCUCCUGAAGAGGUAUCAACAAGAUAAUUAUUUUCGGGAUUUAAUUGAUGGGAAAGAUAUCAAAUAGCGUGACAUAGUCACUUAAAACUACACUUAAGAUAAACUGAGUUUUAUUCUGCAAUGGGCCACGUCCGAGUUCCCCCGGGCCUCUGUAUCAAAACGAGGUUAAGUGCUCAACCUUAUGAUACGAUUCUUAUGCAAAUAAGAGUGCAAUUUCACAAGAAAGGUUGUGUACUUGGCCUCAUUUUGGAAGUGAGGGUUUUUGGAACUCGGAAGUGGUCUACUGCGUCCGCUUUGCGGACCUUGUGUUAAAGACAGUCCCAGAAAGAAACUGAACAAUAUAUUUAAUUGUAUAGGGUUAUGGAGAGAAGAGGGCAGGUGGAGAUUGUGGAUUUGCAUGCGACCGUCAUCCACGAAUGCGGUGAACCGCCUUACGAGACAUGCAGCAUCAUGAGACAUCCUAAGGAUGUGGUGAGCUCAGUUGAGACCAUACAAACACAUUAAUUGCAUUUAUCUGCAUGAUUUUGUCGUCUGAAAGAACCUAGUUUUUUUUCUUUCAUUUUGGUUCUUUGUUUGUCUUUCUUACAAAAUACGUAAACCUUACGUCGGCUCUUCUAUCUGUCUCAUUUCAGCAUUUUAACUUGAAAGGAAAUACACUCCUUGGGCUUAAAGUGGCAGCCACGCUACGGAAUCUUCUGUCCAAAGCCAAACCUCGAGGUUUGUCGUUUAGGGAACUUUUGCAAGCCUGCGUUCCGAAUAUGUUUCUAAUUGGCACUUAUUAAAACUUUCCUUUUACUUUAGGCAAUAAUUCUCCCCCCAAAGCCCCGGAACUGUCGGCAAGAGAAGGUGAGGGUGCUAUUGAUGGUUUUUAAUGUGACUUUGAACAUGUAAUGGACCGCUAUAUUUAGCAAAUUUUGCUAAUGAAAAGUGUGAGACCACUCUCGAGCACCUCGAAUAAAUGAACAAGAUAAGGCUUCGGAUCCUAAUUCGCCAUCUGUACAUCUUCAACAAUACAUCUUGUUUGCCUCCCCCUCCCCCAUACUUUUGCACAAACAUUGUCUUCAAUUUCUCUUGGGACGAUUAUUAUACCCAGGGGAAACGAAAAACAAAGGUUACGCAAAAUUUGCAGACAAGGUGCAUUAUGGGAGAUGUGCAGUUGGCGAAUUGGAGUUUUUUUAAUCAUUUGCAGGGCUGGCAAGUUCUUAUAUGCACGAUGAUAAUUCCUUUUGCCCUGAUAUGGUGACGAGGUGUCCUGCAGGAACCACAUGCUGUGAAAACCUGUUAUCUUUGACAGGGUAUGGCUGUUGCAUGGAAAAAGACGCAUUUGGAUGUCCGGAUAGUUGGCAUUGUUGUCCUAGAGGCAGUCACUGCUCGCCAGAUUGCAAUUUCAGAUCAUGUAAAUGUAUGUUCCCAUCUACACGUCCUGCUGUAUCAUCAAAGCCAAGAAACAAAGAAAGCAAAAAGGAAAGAAAGCAAGGUAAAGGAAAAUUGAAAUCUGAACAUGGAUCCAAUUCUCAGGAUGUUAAACUUGAUAAACCUGUCAAACCUGCUAAGCCUGGUGUACCGGUCGAACCUGUCAAGCAGGAUAUUGAUAAGACGUUGGUUUCCAAAACAAGUGAGAAACUCAAAACGGAAGAAGGAAAUGACAGAAAGGAUAGUCACAAAAAAGCCGCCACGAAAAAGAAACAAAAGGCGAUAAAAACGAUGCUGGGACCUAAAAAGAAACAUGAUCAGGGGUUGAAAAGUAAGCAUCAUUUUCCCAAGAAACAUAAAAAAGGUAGGAGUAAAAAAAGACAAAAUUCAGCCAAGAAACUGAGGAGUAAAACAAAAGAAAAAACUUCUGGGAAAACAAUGAGGAAAUUUGAAGUAAAGGCACACAGAAAUCACCGUAAGUCUAACUACCAUCACACACUGAAACAGCUUUGGGUAACAAGGCUUGGUAAACAACAUGGUAUAACAAGGAAGCGAAAGCCACAUUUUGCAUUUUCUCACAUGUGGGGAAAGCGAAAGCAUCACGAUUUCUCAUACCAGCAUGUUAAAAAGAGAAAGAAGGACUAUGAAACACAUAACUCGCAUACGUCGCUGACGGAGGAGUUAAAACAUCUUAUUAUCAAACAGAGAAGGAAAAAGCUUGGAUCAAGACUUCGAGCUCAUACACAUGGUAGCGUUAAAUAUGGCAUUAAAAACAAUUUAGAAAAAACUAAAAAGACAGAGAAAUCAAAUCUUCUGGCAAAAGCAGGACAAUUCGCCAAGUUUCAUUCUUCGAGGAAUAGGAAAAUUUCCUUCUCAAAGACGACUGAUGUCACUAAACACAAAGGUAGUCCACUUUCUCUAACAGGCGGAAAGCUCGUCACCAAAAUUAAAGUAAAUAACCUGAGGGAGAAGGUACAGGACAAGGAGAAAGUGAAGGAAAAGAAUGUCCAUGGUAACCAAGAGGGUAAAAUGCGCAAAAACGAGGAUAGUCUAAUAAAGAAACACACUGAAAGCUGGCCAAAGGACUUCAACGCUCCUGAAAGACUAGCAAAUAACUGGAGCAGGACUUCAAACGAGACAAGAUUAAAAAAUAAAUCGCCCAACCAAUCAGGUAAUCAGGCGUUAAAUCCCGAUAUAAGACAGAAAACGACCGAUGGAAACGCCAUUCGUGCCAGGCUAAAGAACGUCCCCUCGACUAGGGUUUAUGCCGAAAUAACAACUGAUAAAUUCGAAAGGCCUUCAAACGACAGCACCGUGAAAAAUCACACCACGCAAUCAAUUGAAGCAAAGCAAGCAACUACUCUCAAUGAAGUAUCGGCCGGUAUAAAUGAAAAAGGAAAAGAUCAAAUAACCACUUCUACGAAAUUGUCCCAAGAAGCUUCAGAUGGUUUUGAAGCCCAUGAGCAUGACAUACCCUCGGCAAUAAACAAAACCAAAGGUCAGUCCUCUGACACAGAAAUUUCAUCAUUUCACUUGAAUCCAAAUCACGCCGUACAUUUCGCAUCAAACAAAACAGAUAUAAAGGAAAAUCGAAACACAUCGAGGCCAUCUGGCAAAGGCAGAGACACAAUGGUAAAAAGUGGUGUGAGGAUAUUGCAUAUGUAUGUCGCAAAUACUAAUGACACCAUUUCAAAGACGUCAGGUUUUAAUUCAAAGAUAGAUGAAGUUGUUGGUGGCAGUGGUCUUACGGAUUCACGAACUGCCAGUGGCUUCAAUGACCUGUUCCCUCGUACUGAUGGGUCUUUUAAAGGUGAGGAUGCUACAGAGCAAAUGGAAAAUGUCAAUGGCAAAAUGGAUGGAGAUGUAAUUGGUAGUGGAUUCCAGGCUGACAAGCCAUUCGAGUCUUUAGCAAGUGGCUUUUUGCAGUUCUUGGAGUCGACUCCAUUCUACGAAACCAAUGGCGAUUUGCUCACCGACGAGAAAGUUGAAAAGGACAUGAAAGAAAGUUUAAGAGCAGAGGAAGAAUCUAAUGUUGCAGAUGUUCCAUGGAAGGAAUCUUCUUUAGAAUCUGGAAAUGACGUUAUUGAACUUAAGGCUCAACAAACUGAUGAUCAUCAGAACUUGAAUGAUGAUAAUGGAGGUGAAAGCGGACUCGUGUCCAAUGGAAAACUUUCCUUCACAUCUGGGAGUGGUUUUGAGUCAGGGUCUUCACCGAGUUAUGGUUAUCUUGAUACAAAUGGAUAUUAUAAUGGACGUGCUGUUGCAAAGCACAUAAGCGAGCAUUUCAAGGGAGAUAUAGGUCGAAGUGGCAAAGGACGUGAUGCCGGUGACCGACCGAUCAACAAUGAUUCCAGUAGUGAUCAUCUUAUAAGGAAGCUUUUACUCGAGAAUGAAGAAACUGAAAACGUAACGUAUGUCUCUAGUACAGACGAUUCUAAUUCUUCAAAAAGCAGAGAAGGCUCGGUGCUAGGAGGUAACGGCUUUUACAUGUCAACUUCAUGGCCUGAUGUAUUCAGCGCAUCCAGUGCUGAUACGAGUGACAGGGGUUCUGGAAUUGAUGAUGACUUUUCAGGGGAUUUCAGAAGGAGUCUUCAUUUUGGAGGAGAACGUGAUAUCGAUGACGAAAGCGAAAUUGAGUUUUUUCUGUAG